AUGAGAAUGCCUUCUGCCCUCAGCGAGAAAAGGCUAUUUCGCAAGAGAUCCAGCAAAACCGCAACAGAAAUUACAACCAUUGAAAAGCCUGACCUUCACAUCGGUCUUUCAUCACCAACCGAGUCAACCCAACGUCCCUCAGAAGAAAAGACUGCCGUCGAAGAUUCAUCUUCAUGCUCUUCCAGCCCAAGAUACAAUGAGAUUCAACUGGACGAAUCCGCAGUCCUCGCACCAUGUGAAUACAUCCGAUCUCUCCCUUCCAAGAACGUCCGCGCGAUAGUCAUUCAGGCCUGCAAUCUGUGGUUCAAACUACCAGACAACCAUGUCGCCGUCGUCAUCGAUAUCAUCUCAGACCUCCACAACGCCUCGUUGAUCUUGGACGACAUCCAAGACGACACCGUGCUCCGCCGAGGAAGCCCCGCCACACACUGUGUCUACGGAAAUGCACAGUCCAUCAACAGUGCGAUAUACAUGCUUAUGAAUAACCUGGCAAGACUGGGACAACUACAACUGAAAAACUCGAACGCCAUGGAUGUCCUGGUAAAUGGAAACAUCGACCUUUCAGUCGGUCAGAGCUGGGACUUGAAAUGGAAAGCCCACCUCCACUGUCCGACCGUUGAGGAAUACAUGGCUAUGGUUGAUGGCAAGACAGGAGCUAUGCUUAAGUUGAUCGUCCGUCUUAUGCACAGCAUGUCUGACCAGCGUCGGAUGGAUAGCGCCAUGCCACUCUUUGACAAUUUGGUGCUCCUACUCGGACGCUAUUAUCAGGUCCGCGAUGACUACCAGAAUCUUCAGGACGACACAUACUCCGAACAGAAGGGAUUCUGUGAGGAUUUGGAUGAGGGCAAGAUUUCAUAUCCUGUCAUCGCCUGCUGCAAUGCUGAUCCCACUACAAGAGAUAUCAUUCUUGGUAUUUUCCGUGAAAAACGGGAUCCCAGUGUGAACCCGCUGGCCAAGAGCACCAAGGUCUUCAUGUUACAGCUUAUUGACCGGUCGGGGGCAUUUGACAAUACGUGGAACUUGUUGCAGAGCUUGGGCAAAGAUACCUGGGGUGCGCUUUUGGCUCUGGAGGAAGCUACAGGGCAGUCCAGCCCUGCGCUACAACAGAUGAUCAAGAAGUUGAUUCACACUGUGCAGCCGCCCAAGCGUUGGUAA